AUGGCGCCGAAGGUGAAGAAGGAAGCUCCCGCCCCUACCAAAGCUGAAGCCAAAGCAAAAGCUUUGAAGGCCAAGAAGGCCGUGUUGAAAGGCAUCCACAGCCACAAAAAAAAAAAGAUACGACUGUCACCCACUGUCCCAAGAGUAUGCAGCUAUCCCAAGAGUAUGCAGCUCCUGAGGCAGCCCAGAUACCCUCAGAAGAGCACCCCCAGGAGAAACAAGCUUGAUCUCUAUGCCAUCAUCAGGUUUCCCCUGACCACAGAGUCAGCCAUGAAAAAGAUCGAGGACAACACACUCGUAUUCAUUGUGGAUGUCAAAGCCAAUAAGCACCAAAUCAAACAAGCUGUAAAGAAGCUCUAUGACAUUGAUGUUGCCAAGGUCAAUACCCUAUUCAGGCCUGAUGGAGAGAAGAAGGCGUAUGUUCGACUGGCUCCCGAUUAUGAUGCAUUGGAUGUUGCCAACAAAAUUGGGAUCAUCUAA